CCCAAUACCAGCUCGUCACCGACGAUGAUUCUUUCAGCCGCUCGCUCCGCCGUCGCAGCAGGCCCGGGACGGCGCUUCGCUUCGAGCAUCGCGCUCAAAUACUCCAACGCCGUGUACUCGGCCGCCCUGGGCAAGUCCCCGCAGACGCUCAACAAGGUCCAGUCCGAGCUCUCCGCCAUCUCCAAUGCCAUCAAGACCACUCCCGAGCUCGAGGUCUUUGUCACCAACCCGACGCUCUCCAGCGUCGACAGGACGAAGGGUCUCCAGGUGCUGUUCGCCAAGGCGGAGGGGUCUGGCGCAAAGAAGGAGCCCGUGAGCGAGUUGACGAAGAACCUCUUUGGCGUGUUGGCGGAGAACGGACGGUUGGGAGAGACGCAGGGCGUGAUUGACGGGUUCAAUGAGCUCGUGGCGAAGUACAAGGGCGAGCUGACGGUGGUGGUCACCUCUGCGUCGCCGCUGCCCAAGGACGCGCUCACGAAGCUCGAGUCGGCCCUGAAGCAGUCGCAGACGGCUCAGCAGGCGAAGAGCCUCAAAAUCGAGAAUAAGGUUAAUCCCUCUGUUCUCGGUGGCAUUGUCGUCGACUUUGGCGACAAGACGAUUGACCUCAGUGUCUCUUCGCGUGUGACCAAGCUCAACUCGUUGCUGCAGCAGUCGGUCUAGGUUUUCGCUUGCAUAGACAUCAGAAGCUGCGAGAUGGCUCUGUCCGUUCCUCAUAUGUAUACGUCAUUCACUGCCAUGAGCAACUCUGCUUUCCGGUACGCUUUCGUAUGGCGAAGACUCUGGGCUGCUAUAUCAAUUCAGAAUGAUCGACCGAAUGCUGGAGUCAAACGAGGAAGCACUAUCU